UUUAAGUUGUUUGAAUGUUACAGAUGAAUCUACUAUGGUUGGUUGGGUCCUUGCUGGUGGUCUGCGGGGUGCUGGAGGGGAAGAAGAAGGGGAAGGACGGAUUGUUCUCCUCCGACACCUUGAAGUGCUUGGUCUGUCAGUCCCUCGUGGAGGAGAUAGAGUUUCUUAUAAACAAGGUUGACCCAAAGAAGAAAAUAGAAACUGGAACCUUCCGACUCAACUCUGAUGGAACACAAAACAAAAAUAUUAUUUCAUAUGCGAGGUCUCAGACUCAUCUGAUGGAAAUUGUGGAUUCAGUUUGUAAAACUUUUGAGGAUUAUGCUCAAGCCAAGUCUAAGGUUUCGGGCAAACCAAUGAUUAUUAGGAUUGUAACCCCUGAAGGGAACAUGAACCCCCAGAUGGGAGAGGUGGAUAUGGUUCCUGAUGAUGACCUGAAUACUCGGCUUAAAUUUUACAUGAUAUCUCUGUGUGAGAAUAUAGUGGAGGAUCAAGAAGAUGAUAUAAUGGAAUUAUUCUCAAAGGAAGGAAAGCAUAAUGAUAUCCAGCUAUGCAGUAAACGAUCAAGUUACUGUGAGGAUACUGAAAUACCUGCUGAUGAAUAUGAAUUUGAGAAAGAAGAACUGUGAUCAACCAAAUCUGAGCUUUAUAAUUCAUUAGUUUACAUUGUUGAAUUUAUACUUUUAUAACGUACACUAAAUAGUUAGCGUGGUAACAGAACGUGAUUACCCACCAAGGACGAGAAUGUGGAGAUGACCUAAAAAUAUGACAAUUUGAAACUUGGUAUUUGAUUUCUGCAUUCAAUUGAGUAUUUUGAUGGUUCACUAAAUGAUUAAAAACAGAAAUAAACCAGUUUUGGCCCUACUUCAAUCGUCUGAGAAGUCUCAUCCUUUGUGGGUAACCCUGUUGACAAAAGCACUUCUAGAAUAGAUUUCACUUUUCAGAAAGCAAAUUUGAUCCCCCACGUUAAGGAGACUGAAAAUAAUUUCAUAAUAAGAUCACUUGAAAUGUUCGUACCUUCUGAAGAGUAAUACUGUACUCUGUACUGUUUCUUGGCUGCAUUUGGGUACAUUUCUAAUUUUAGAGAACUUCUAAAUACAUGUUUUUUUAUUGUGAAUUGCACUUGCCAGCUUCUUAGAUUAUGAUUUUAUAUGUUUUUUUUCUAUAUUUCUGUACAACUAUGAUACUGAACAGGUCUACAAUUUGUGAUAUACACAUAGUGAUAAAAAAUUUUAUAUAAUUGGUAAAACUCAAUUUAAGCUUAAUUUUUAAUCUUUUUAAAAUAUAGCAUUUUGUAUUUCUAAGGCAUAAUUAUAAUUUUUAUGAAUGUUAAGUAUUUCCGUAACACGUGAUCUUUAUGAUAAAAUAGUGACAGAAGUAUCAAACGUUAAUUGUCGCCUUGUCUACCCUAACUUGUUUUUUUUACGUACACGCAGUACACUACAGUCAACUUGCUUCGUAAUUUAUGUACGUUUAGAUAGUUGUUUUGCCUGAAAGUUUUGAUGAAAGAAGAUUUACAAUUUGUAUGCACGAGAGUUGAAAUAUAUUAAAUAUAUUUUUGUUACCGAGAA